GGAGCCCCGCAGCGCAACUCGGUCGGUCGUGUUAACCUGGUCCCCGCGGUCCCCGCAGUGCCCGCCCCAACCCAUCCGCCGCAGCCCUCGUGCCGCUGUCUAGAGCCCAACCUCGUCACCAUGAGAGUCCUGCUGGCGUCCCUCUUCCUCUGCACCCUGGCCGUGAGCAACUCUAAAGGCAGCCAUGAACUUCUACAGUCGGAUCCAUCAAACUGUGGCUGUCUGAAUGGAGGAACAUGUGUGUCCUACAAGUACUUCUCCAAUAUUCGGCGAUGCAGCUGCCCAAAGAAAUUCCAAGGGAAACAUUGUGAGAUAGAUACGUCAAAAACCUGCUAUGAGGGGAAUGGUCACUCUUACCGAGGAAAAGCCAACACUGACAUCAAAGGCAGACCCUGUCUGGACUGGAAUUCACCUGCUGUCCUUGGGAAAACAUACAAUGCUCACAGAUCCGAUGCUACUCUCCUGGGCCUGGGAAAACACAAUUAUUGCAGGAACCCAGACAACCAAGGGCAGCCAUGGUGCUAUGUGCAGAUUGGCCGACUGCAGUUUGUCCGUGAGUGUAUGGUGUCCCGCUGCUCUGUAGAACAAGAGUUCCAGUGUGGCCAGAAGGCUGUGAGGCCCCGCUUUAAAAUUGUUGGGGGAGAGUUCACCAACAUUGAGAAUCAGCCCUGGUUUGCGGCCAUCUACAGGAAGCACCAGGGAGGCUCUGUCACCUAUGUGUGUGGUGGCAGCCUCAUCAGCCCUUGCUGGGUGGUCAGUGCCACACACUGUUUCAUUAAUUACCCACAGAAGGAAGACUAUAUUGUCUACCUUGGUCGAUCAACACUGAACUCCAUUACUCCUGGAGAAAUGAAGUUUGAGGUAGAGAGACUCAUCUUACACGAGGAGUAUAGUGCUGACAGCCUGGCCCACCACAAUGAUAUUGCCUUGUUGAAGAUUCGUUCAAGUACAUACCAGUGUGCAAAACCAUCCCGUUCCAUACAGACCAUCUGCCUGCCCCCAAGGGUUGACAAUGCCCAUUUUGGCACAAGUUGUGAGAUCACUGGCUUUGGAAAAGAAAGUUCCACUGACUAUCGUUAUCCAGAGCAUUUGAAAAUGACGGUUGUAAAGCUAGUUUCCCACAAGGAGUGUCAGCAGCCCCACUACUAUGGCUCUGAAGUCACCACCAAAAUGCUGUGUGCUGCUGAUCCACAAUGGGAAACAGAUUCUUGCCAGGGAGACUCUGGAGGACCCCUUGUUUGCUCCACCAAUGACCGCAUGACCCUGACUGGGAUUGUGAGCUGGGGCCGAGGAUGUGCCUUGAAGGACAAGCCAGGCGUCUACACGAGGGUCUCACACUUCCUGAACUGGAUCUACACCCACAUUGGGGGUGAAAAUGGCCUAGCCCUUUGAGCACCUCAAGGGAACAAUGGGCGGACAACUGCCAUGCUGACUGUCAUCUCUGCAGCAGGGUCAUCUCCAUCAGCUCUAGGGAAGAGGCUGGGUGAGACAGGCUCUGCGGAGAUGGUUUGCUUAGGAUGCCCACCAGGGUAAGCGAUAAUAGUUUUACCCUCAGUCAUGGGCCUGUGCUGGACACCCAGACCCUCCUGGCUGGGAUGGAGAGGUGGUCCUGACUUAGGAUGGUUUUGAUCAGUUAUGUCUUCUUCUGGACUAGAGCCUCCUGGAGUUCAAAAUGGUGUCUCCUGUGGAUGGGUGAGAGGAGAGUUAGUUCCCCCAACAGAGUCAUUCAUGAAGCCUGCUCUUGGGAAAUGAAUAAUUUCCCAAUUAGGAAGUGUAACAGCUUAGGUCUCUUCAGGGAGCUUGGCCAAUGUGAGAACCAUGUUUAGGGGGUAGAGACGCUAAUCAUUUGAGGGAGGGGCUCUGACAUUCUACAAAUGGAUUGGGAAAUAUCAUUUAUGUUUGUGUACUUGGGCGCUGGCUAUGAGUGUGAGCAAGUAAAAGAAGUAGAGCUGGUAUGUUCCUGUGCCCAACUACAAGU